ACUGGUGGGCGCUGUUUUGAGAUCAUUAUCCAGCUGCCGUCAUACUCUCAGCUUUUAUGUAACUUAACUUAAUCGCUCCCAAAUACUACUGCUUUUUCUGCCUGUUUUCAUCAAGACAGAAGCUUCUGAAACUAAGGACAGUGUCUCGAAGUAGUGUUUGUUUCUGGAUUAGAUGGAGGGAGAUGGUGACGACUUCCCCCCUGAGCCGUCAGAGCACUCUCAUUCCCAGCGAGGAAGUGUGGCUUCUUCAGUCACCAGAGCUCAGGAUUUGUUGGUGUACUUGGCGAGCAACAGUGCAGUUCACUUGACUUUGGAGGGUCUCAGCUGUAUGAGUGCGCAGGAGCUCGGCCGCAAUGUCCGAGAAGCUCUCAACAUUCCCAAUUCUGCCGUAGAUGUGUUCGCUUUCUGGUUCUGCUCUCCUUUGCUUGACCUGCAGUUGAAGCCGAAACAUUUGCCAUACAAGCUGUGUCGUCAGUGGCAGGACCUGCUGUACCGCUUUACCGAGGCCCCCCCAGAAGACAUUUCUCAAGAUGAGCCAUGUCUUCUGUACAAAAGAAAUGUUUUUUAUCCCAGGUCAAAAGAACUUCAGAUUGAAGAUGAAGGAGUGUUGAGGCUACUUUAUGAUGAGGCCCAGAUGAAUAUUUUGGAGGGUCGUUACCCCUGUGACCCAGAACACUGGCUGACAUUGGGAGCUUUGUCCUGUGCCAUUGAGCUGGGGACUGGACUUGAUGACCAGGCUCUAACAGUGGCAAUCAGAGAGAAGAAGCUGUCAUCAUUCCUACCGGCCCACGCUGCAUUAGGAGGAGGAGGUUUUCUGUCCACACUGAGGGGGAGAGGCGGGAGGAAUGCAGAGAUGGAGCAAAAUCUUAUAAAGGAGUAUCGUUCAGUCUGCUCCUCUGCUGCCACUGGCUCCAGUCUGGAGCCCAUUGCUCUGCUGCACCAGUACCUCAGGAGCUGCCACACCCUGCCUUACUACGGAUGUGCUUUUUUCAUGGGUGAGACAGACAAGCCAGCCCAGGGUCUCCUUCACAGAGGUGGCCGUAAGGCUGUGAGUGUGGGCAUCAGUCUGGAAGGAGUGUAUGUCAUGGAUGUGAAAGAGAAGCACGUCCUCCUGGGUCUCAAGUUCAGUGAGCUUUCCUGGGAUCACAGCUAUCCAGAGACAGAGGGAGACUCACAUAUACUCUGGCUGGAGUUUGAUGGGGAGGAGGCUGGCAUGCCUGUCAACAAGUUAUUAAAGAUUUAUUCAAAACAGGCGGAACUAAUGAGUGGUCUUAUUGAGUUUUGUGUGGAGUUGCGCUCUGUUGGCGAGUCAGCAGCCGCUGGUACUGACGGUGAGGUCACACCUUCCCAAGAACCUACGGGUCGGGAAACCAAUGGGAAAACCCGAGAGCGACAGCAGGGGAAACUGCGCAGACAAAGCAGUGUGGUCUGUAGCCGAGUCCAUUCACUCAACACCAUCAGCUACGUUGAUGACGGCAAAGAGAUUAAACGUCUGAAGCCCAAAAGAGCUGCUUCUUUCUUCACGCGACACGCUCAGCCUCCCACUUACUCGGAGGUUCAGGUGACUGAAAGUUUGGAGCAAGGGUGAGCCCCGGCUUCAACACUGCCCUCUUCUGCCCGGUGACCAAAACUACAUCUGUCUAUUUAGAUCCUCAGAGACACGGUGCAAAACCAACUGAAUGGACCGAUCGGACCAAGAACACAGACUGAAGAGCUAAACCAGUAUUUAUAGAUAAUUUGUGCGUUAUGUCACAGGUUUAAGUUAAAGCUUUCUCUGUUGGCCGUUAAAAACUAAUGUGAAAUUUGCUUCAAUAAUGCUGUUCUGUUAAACUAACUUAAAGAUAUUUUGGUGCAAGUUCAAGACUAUGAGACACGAUCCGAAAGCUCUGUUUAGGUCACUGUUCUGAAUGUAGUUUCUACUAUGCAAACAUCAAACCAAACUACAUCCCAGUGGCUGUAAAUCAAGAGUACAGUAGUCCAGCACUUUAAUCCAUGUCACUAAUACUGCUUAAACUAGACCUGCUGCACCAAAGCAAACAGUCAAUGCCUCUAGUAUAGGACAACCGCUCCUAUAUGCAAAACCAGGGCUGCUGUCUGUGGCAAAGCAUUGCAAAGACAGCACAGACUGAGAUUAUGACAUUCUGUGCUACUUGUCUGCUGAAUGUGUGUAUUGUUUUUGCUGUCUUGUUUACUACAGGGCUUGUUUGCAUAUGCAGACUUCUUAUUUGUAACAAGAUUUUUUUGUGUGUUCAGUGGUGACCAAAGGUAAAUCAUGACUCGACACAUUGAGUGCAGUUGACUGUAGUAGUGGUCCCACUACCUUGUUGCUCUGGAGAAUCAUAUCUUUCUGAUGGUGUGCAUGUAAUGCACUGCUGAAAACAAUCCAGGUCAUAUGUGAGCAUAAUCUGCAUUUGUAAAGCAGAGAGAACUUUAUUUAAUACAUUGAAUCACCAGUUGUGUAGGUGCUUGAUGAUCAAUAGGUGAUGUAUGUCUGCUAUUUCUAUUUAGCGAUGCUUUUACAAUGUAUGAAACCCUAAGCGUUGUACUGUGUUUCCAGUCUUUUAGAGCUUGAAUGUACCUAACUGUAGGAAAUGUAUAUGAUUUUUUUUACUAAAAUAAUAUUAAUAGGGCCCGACAUUAACAAUUGUCCAUGACAGUUAGAAGAAAAAUGUCAAAGGAGGUUAUUUAAUCAUAACCUCUGAUUCUGAACGUCCAGUUAUUCACCCUGUGGCAUCAUUACCAAACAAUUUGGGAACUUUACUGAUGGUCUGAAUUGUGAAGAAUUACUAAAUUAAUGAAUUUGUACAUUAUACCUCCUGUUUUGGUAAUUAAUGUCAAUGCACUGCUUUUUUACAAAUGACUUAAUUGUUCUUAAACGUUACAGUACCUGUCAAAUCUUAAUGUCAAGCCCUACAUUAACAGGUCAUCAGUUACCUGACACAAUUCUGUAUUUAUCAAUGCAUGACAUCUGUUGUCUUGAAUUGAUUUUGUGGUGUGCAUGUUUCUUUACCUGCUUACACUCGAUCACAUUUAAAAGUGUGGAAAAUGAAAACUUUGGCAUAACAAGCUGAACUGUGAAAGGAAAACGGCCAGCUGAAUGGUGCAAAACGAUCAGUACACCCACUGCAUUUCUGUAUUUAUGCAAAACGCUUGUCAAGAUGAUAAUCCUAAAAGGCUUAGUCCCAGACCUUCUGUACCAUAUUAUAUUUUCCACUCUAAAGCUAAUCCAAUGUUUAUAUUUCAGGCUGAACAUCUGUCACACAUAUGUACCUACUAACUGUGCUGUAGAUAGUCCCAUCUGUGUUAUAGAAAUACUGAAUCUGUCGAUACUAAUUUAAAGUGCCUUUUUUACAUUUAAUCUGUUGCUAGAGUUUUGCUGUCAUCUGUCUCUUGAAAUUGUAUCUCCACUACCUUUUGUUGUUUAUGAGGUUUUAUACACAAAUUUAUAAAAUGUGUAAAAUGAACUAAAACCGUUUAUAUGCAACAUUAAACCUUUUUAU